AAAAACAUCUAUCAGUAGACCUAGAAAAUAUAGAUACAAAUCAGCAAAAACAAAGCAAUUCUAUGGACAAAAUAGAUAUUGAAGAGCUUUUCUCAGAAGAAAUCCUCCUUAAUACUACUAAUGCCAAAGAAAGUAAAGAAAUAAAUAGUCCUAUACCAAUAGAAAAAGACCAGGACAGUUCAAUUGAUGAAGUCAUCAAUGACAUCAGCAAUGAAGCUCUCACCAUAGAAAGUCUAACUACAGAUCCAUUUAUAGAAAUAGAAGAACCAAAAUCUCAAAGCACUUCA